UUUUAACUAAAGUCCCUAGUCCCAAAAGAAUUAUGGAUAAGAAUAUCCGCCGACUUCAACGGCAGCCAAAACACAGAUGGCCGUCCCAAUUGCUGCUCUAAGCUUCACCGCCUCUAAGCCCUGUCCUCCAUUCGCUGGGAUUCAUGGCGCCGCCGUCGCCCAGCGGAGCUCGAUUGGCACAUUAAGGGCGAUGAAGGUGGAUAAGCCACUGGAAGAGCUCUACAACGUGAGAGUAGAGAGAGAAGUAUCAAAGGAGCGGCUACAUGAGCUUGGUGUCCACAGGUGGUCGAUAUGGAAGACAGGAAAGUGCAAAUAUCCAUGGGACUGGCACGUAGACCAACUUGUCUACAUCGAAGAAGGAGAGGUCAGAGUAGUUCCCGAAGGCAGCGAACGCUUCAUGAGCUUCGUUGCUGGAGACCUUGUUCGCUAUCCUAAAUGGUUCGAGGCCGAUCUCUUCUUCAAUGGUCCCUACCGGGAGCGUUACAGAUUUAGGGCUUUCGGCGAUGACUAAGGCUAGAUUCUAUUUCUACUAUGAAUUCGACAUUUCUGGAUAGUUACCUUUGUUACAAUUUGAAUCAUGGUUUA